AUGUCGAACUCAGUUGACAAUCACGCACCCCCGGUGCUCGGUGAAGAAGACGCGUCACUAGUAUCCGACGAGAUUCUGCUGCGUCUGUGGAAUCAAGUUCAACAGGACCCCCAGACUGACAACGUCGCACUCAACAACUUCUGGCUGCACCUAUACGCGAAACACCUGUUCCCAGGCAAGCAGUGGAUCGUCGGGGUUGAGAACGGUACCUUCGACAUCGAGCCUCCCAAGAAAGAUCUGACUGUCCAAUUUCUGGGACACACGGGCCCCCAGGCCCUAUUUUUUCACAUGCACAAAGGCAAAGAAGCUACAAGGGAUGACCUGAUCGAGGUGGAAACCCAGGCAUUGGUUGCCUGCCUGGCAUAUCUGACGGCGAAUCCGGGCAUCACAAAGGUGUACGCCGUAACCAGUUUCGGCGCCAGAGCGAGGAUCUGGUGCUGCGGUCCGAAAUCGAUGUCCUUGGAGCCGCUGUUUGGGUCCUACGAUUUGGCUGACGCGUCGGCGUACGUCGAGGCCCACUCCAGUGAGGCGAUCACCCUUCGAAGGGGGUUUGCGGAUAUGAAGAGAUUCGCGCCUGUUGCUCGUCGAGGCAUCAACCACGGGUCGGGAUCUCCUGCAUCAUCUCGCCGCAACUAA